AUGUUGCAUUGUUCUUGCAAGAGUGCCCUUAUGCAUAUCCUAGAGAAGGCAGGUGGCCCUAGUACUAAUACACAAGAAAUCACCGCAGGAUUCAAAGUCGCGAUUGUUGAUGGAAUGGCCGAAGUCCAAUCACUUGACAAGCCAGAGUGGAUCAAGAACUGUAGAGACUUGGCUGAACAUUUCACGAAUCGCUUGCUUGUAAAGUAUAAUGAUUUACAAGAGCUCCACAUAAUCUUCGACAGAUAUGAUGUACCAUCCUCACUAAAAUCAGCAGCACGAGUCAAACGACAAGGUGGCCAUGCUCCCAUUUAUUAUCGCAUCACUGAUUCUACCCACAUCGCCAAGGUGCCGAUGAAGAAGCUUCUUGCCUCUCUCUUCUUGCUUCUUGUUCGACCAAGGGCGAACUUACUACGUUUCUCGCAAAGAAUGUGAAGGAUAAUGCUAAUGGGAGACAAGUCGUUGUGGCAUGGGGAACGGAAUGUGAGGCAACGCACAGAGACGUCAGGCAUUUACGAAGUACACAAGAAGAAGCCGACACGAAGAUUAUUUUACAUGCUCUGGAUGCCUCUGCUCAAGGUGCUACUGCUACCCAACUCUCUAUAUAUUCUCCUGACACUGAUGUUCUUGUUUUGGCUCUCCGACGGUAUCCAGAUUUGUGCUCGAACUCUUGCUUUGUUACUGGGGCCGGCAGUAGUCAUAGAGUUAUCAACUUGAAGUCAAUCGCAGACGCCCUUGGGCCCACUAAGACGGCUGCGCUGCGAGCAUUUCAUGCGUUGACCGGAGCAGAUGUUACUGGCAGUUUCUCUGGAAAGGGAAAAGCCACUUGUUGGGAUGAGUUUGAUAACGCCAGCACUCUUAUCUUGCAAGCUCUUGCUAACCUUGGUUGUGGGGAACAGCCAGAUGACGGCACAAGUGGAGUGGAACAGCUGGUUUGUCGGAUGUACCAACCAAAGACAGACAUCAAAACUGUGAAAGCCCUCAGAUGGUCCCUCUUUAACAAAAAUCAAGCUGAGUCUGAGAGGUUGCCGCCCACACAAGCUGCUCUCCAUCAAGCCAUACUGAGAGCGCACUACCAGCUUCUUGUUUAG